AUGAAGAUUAGUAGUAAAUACCUCACCAGCUCAGUCGGACAUCUCUACCCAUCACCCUACUCCAUUCUCUACAUCUUGAAGAUUAGUAGUAAAUACCUCACCAGCUCAGUCGGACAUUUCUACCCCUCACCCUACUCUAUUAUCUACAUCUUGAAGAUUAGCAGAAAAUACCUCACCAGCUCAGUCGGACAUCUCUAUCCCUCACCCUACUCCAUUAUCUACAUCUUGAAGAUUAGUAGUAAAUACCUCACCAGCUCAGUCGGACAUCUCUACCCAUCACCCUACUCCGUUAUCUACAUCUUCAAGAUUCGUAGUAAAUACCUCACCAGCUCAGUCGGACAUCUCUACCCAUCACCUCACUCCAUUAUCUACAUCUUCAAGAUUAGUAGUAAAUACCUCUUCAAAAACAGCUCAAUUAGUAGUAAAUACCUCACCAGCUCAGUCGGACAUCUCUACCCAUCACCCUACUCCGUUAUCUACAUCUUCAAGAUUCGUAGUAAAUACCUCACCAGCUCAGUCGGACAUCUCUACCCAUCACCCUACUCCAUUAUCUACAUCUUCAAGAUUAGUAGUAAAUACCUCUUCAAAAACAGCUCAGUUGGACAUCUCUACCCAUCGCCCUACUACAUUAUCUACAUCUUGAAGAUUAGAAGUAAAUACCUCACCAGCUCAGUCGGAUAUCUCUACCCAUCACCCCACUCCAUUAUCUACAUCUUGAAGAUUAGUAGUAAAUACCUCACCAGCUCAAUUAGUAGUAAAUACCUCACCAGCUCAGUCGGACAUCUCUACCCAUCACCCUACUCCAUUAUCUACAUCUUCAAGAUUAGUAGUAAAUACCUCACCAGCUUAGCGGGACAUCUCUACCCAUCACCUCACUCCAUUAUCUACAUCUUCAAGAUUAGUAGUAAAUACCUCACCAGCUCAGUCGGACAUCUCUACCCCUCACCCUACUCUAUUAUCUACACCUUGGAGAUUCGUAGUAAAUACUUCACCAGCUCAGUCGGACAUCUCUUCCCAUCACCCUACUCUAUUAUCUACAUCUUGGAGAUUAGAAGUAAAUACCUCACCAGCUCAGUCGGACAUCUCUACCUAUCACCCUACUCCAUUAUCUACAUCUUUAAGAUUCGUAGUAAAUACCUCACCAGCUCAGUCGGACAUCUCUAUCCCUCACCCUACUCUAUUAUCUACAUCUUGAAGAUUAGCAGAAAAUACCUCACCAGCUCAGUCGGACAUCUCUAUCCCUCACCCUACUCCAUUAUCUACAUCUUUAAGAUUAGCAGAAAAUACCUCACCAGCUCAGUCGGACAUCUCUAUCCCUCACCCUACUCCAUUAUCUACAUCUUUAAGAUUAGUAGUAAAUACCUCACCAGCUCAGUCGGACAUCUCUACCCAUCACCCUACUCCGUUAUCUACAUCUUCAAGAUUCGUAGUAAAUACCUCACCAGCUCAGUCGGACAUCUCUACCCAUCACCCUACUCCAUUAUCUACAUCUUCAAGAUUAGUAGUAAAUACCUCUUCAAAAACAGCUCAAUUCGUAGUAAAUACCUCACCAGCUCAGUCGGACAUCUCUACCCAUCACCCUACUCCAUUAUCUACAUCUUCAAGAUUAGUAGUAAAUACCUCUUCAAAAACAGCUCAGUUGGACAUCUCUAUCCCUCACCCUACUCCAUUAUCUACAUCUUUAAGAUUAGUAGUAAAUACCUCACCAGCUCAGUCGGACAUCUCUACCCAUCACCCUACUCCGUUAUCUACAUCUUCAAGAUUCGUAGUAAAUACCUCACCAGCUCAGUCGGACAUCUCUACCCAUCACCUUACUCCAUUAUCUACAUCUUCAAGAUUAGUAGUAAAUACCUCUUCAAAAACAGCUCAGUUGGACAUCUCUAUCCCUCACCCUACUCCAUUAUCUACAUCUUUAAGAUUAGUAGUAAAUACCUCACCAGCUCAGUCGGACAUCUCUACCCAUCACCCUACUCCGUUAUCUACAUCUUCAAGAUUCGUAGUAAAUACCUCACCAGCUCAGUCGGACAUCUCUACCCAUCACCUUACUCCAUUAUCUACAUCUUCAAGAUUAGUAGUAAAUACCUCUUCAAAAACAGCUCAAUUAGUAGUAAAUACCUCACCAGCUUAGCGGGACAUCUCUACCCAUCACCUCACUCCAUUAUCUACAUCUUCAAGAUUAGUAGUAAAUACCUCACCAGCUCAGUCGGACAUCUCUACCCAUCACCCUACUCCAUUAUCUACAUCUUCAAGAUUAGUAGUAAAUACCUCACCAGCUUAGCGGGACAUCUCUACCCAUCACCUCACUCCAUUAUCUACAUCUUCAAGAUUAGUAGUAAAUACCUCACCAGCUCAAUUAGUAGUAAAUACCUCUUCAAAAACAGCUCAGUUGGACAUCUCUACCCAUCGCCCUACUACAUUAUCUACAUCUUGAAGAUUAGAAGUAAAUACCUCACCAGCUCAGUCGGAUAUCUCUACCCAUCACCCCACUCCAUUAUCUACAUCUUGAAGAUUAGUAGUAAAUACCUCACCAGCUCAGUCGGACAUCUCUACCCCUCACCCUACUCUAUUAUCUACAUCUUGAAGAUUAGCAGAAAAUACCUCACCAGCUCAGUCGGACAUCUCUAUCCCUCACCCUACUCCAUUAUCUACAUCUUUAAGAUUAGUAGUAAAUACCUCACCAGCUCAGUCGGACAUCUCUACCCAUCACCCUACUCCGUUAUAUACAUCAUGAAGAUUCGUAGUAAAUACCUCACCAGCUCAGUCGGACAUCUCUACCCAUCACCUUACUCCAUUAUCUACAUCUUCAAGAUUAGUAGUAAAUACCUCUUCAAAAACAGCUCAAAUGUGGAAUUCAACGGUGUGUCCCAAUAA